AUGGCAGAUCCAAAUCCAUCACUCCUACAAAGAGACCCUACAGAAUCUGAAUCUCCACGAAUCGUGGAACAACAGCUAUCCCUAGAUGACAUGAUUGAACAUUGCAUCGGGGAUUGCAGGUGGAGACAAUUAUUCCAAGCCACUAUUGCAUCCUUUGCCUGUUUCUUCGAUGCACAACAAAGCUUCGUCAGUGUUUUUACGGAUGCUGAGCCGACAUGGCACUGCACUUCACCCAGCAAUUCGUCGUGCAAGAAUAUCUGCCAAAUUCCAAGAGAUUCUUGGAACUGGGAUUUGCCCGCUCACACGUCCAUCAUCUCCGAGUGGUCCCUUGAGUGUUCCGGCUCCAUCAUCACUGGCCUCCUGACUUCGUCCUUCUUUCUGGGCUGCCUCAUCGGUGGAUUUGUCCUUGCAACUUUGGCGGACUCCGCUUUGGGCCGGAAGAACAUGCUUGUUCUAUCUUGCCUGCUCAUGUCUCUACCUGGAGUCUUAACCACAUUCUCCACCAACUUAUGGAUGUAUACCACUUUGAGAUUUAUUAGUGGGUUUGGUAGGUCAACAAUUGUCACCUGUGCACUUGUUUUGUCAACAGAACUUGUUGGGAAAAAAUGGAGAGGAAAAGUUGGGGUCAUCGGAAUCAUCUGUUUUACUCUAGGUUUUCUAUCUUUACCUGGUAUUGCCUUUCUGAACAGAGGUUCCUCAUGGAGACUCCUCUACCUGUGGACUUGCAUUCCUUCAAUUGUUUAUUCUGUAUUAUUGUAUUUUCUAGUUUGCGAAUCUCCCCGAUGGCUUUAUAUCAAAGGCCGGAAAGAAGAAUUCGCCAAAACACUGAGAAGCAUUGCUGCACCCGCGAUUCUGAGAAACUUAACCGACAGCUUCUUCGAUAGGUGCGUUAAGUGGGAAGAUGAAUUGCAAGUAACAAACUUUUACUCUACGAUAAAGAUCUUGUUGCAAAAAUCUUGGGCUCUUCGGCGUCUUGCGUCGGUUAUGUUGGUUGGCUUCGGAGCUGGCAUGAUUUAUUAUGGAAUGCCAUUAGGCCUUGGCAACUUGACAUUUGACCUAUACUGGAGUGUGGCACUAAAUGCAUUUAUAGAAUUUCCAGCAUCCUUGCUUAUAUUCUUUCUUAUUGGGAGACUGAACAGGAAAUUUUCAGUGAUUGGAUUCGCUCUGUUGAGUGGAAUUUGUAGUGUAACGUGUGUGUUGGUUAGGUGGAAAGGGUUGCAGAUCGGACUAGAACUGGUAUCAUUUUUCAGCGCUGUUACUGCAUUCAAUGUGGUGCUAAUUUAUACAUUGGAGUUGUUUCCGACAUGCGUGAGGAACUCGGCUAUGUCAAUGUUGAGGCAGGCAGCGCUGUUUGGUGGGCUUUUUGGACCAGUCAUAGCUGCAACCGGCAGAAAGAAUGGGCUGCUUUCAUAUGGGAUAUUCGGGAUAACAAUAGCUGUGUGUGGAUUGUUCGUUGCAUUCUUACCAGAAACAAGGGGAAGGGCAUUUUGCGAUACCAUCGAUGAAGAGGAACGAAGGAAUGGAGCAAUCAGUAAUUGA